AUGCAAUAGCCAUAAAUAGAGCUGAUAAAUCUAGACAAGCCAAAAUUGUCAAUAGCUUCAGCCCUUUUGUCAAAGAAGUCUGAAAAGAAGAAUCAAAGAAAAUCCAGAUUUUCAAGAUUCUCUAGAAUAAGCAAAUUAUCAGUACACGACCUAAAAACCGGUUUAUCUUAUAUCCGAGAGAGUUGGAGAAGUGGGAUGGCAACAACGUUUUUAAUAAUGCCUUUUGCAUUGAAUGCAGGAAGUUAUUCAGGCUUAAAUGCAAGUAUUGGACUAACAUCAGCAUUUAUUGGAAGCUUUGUAAAUGGAUUGUUUAGCGGAAGUAACCACUCAAUUUAUGUUCCAAAUUAAAUGGCGACUCGAUUUAAUUACCACAUCGUUUAAGAGUAUGGAGUUGAGGCCGUGCCUUGGGUUACUUUGAUGAUUGGAAUUAUAAUAUACAUUUGCGGCUUAUUCAAAUGGCAUCAUUUAAUUGAAUUCAUGCCAAGCUACGUGAUAGAAGGGUAUUUUUGGGGUUUGGGAUUCUUAAUCAUUAACAACUAUAUUGAUUAUGGAUUUGGUCUUAGUGAUUUACAAUCAAACACAGGAUUUUAAAUAUAUGAGAAUCGGUUCGAGAUGUAUAAAAGUUACUUUGAGCGGGGGGAUUUGCAUCAUUUAUUUGCAACAAUAGGGGUUUUUCUAUUUUUGUACAUUGGGAAUAAGGUUCAUAAACCAUUUCCUUGGGUGAUCGUAAGUACCUUUGUAGGGAUAUUCAUUGGGUAAUUUUAUCCAGAUGAAAGGUGCCUGAGAAGUGUUUAUGGAGAUGUCUCUUUGUCUUUUAAUUGGAUCGAGACAUAUGGUGAGAUAUUCAAGGUUGAUUUCAAUAUUCUCUAUAGAUUAUUCUAAGAAGCCGUUCCAAUGGCACUGUUUAUAAUGACAUAGAAUUUGAUUUGUGCUAAGGGAGCGGAGAUAAUGAUGAAUGUGAAAUGUGAUUACGAUUAAGAAAUUGAAUGCGUUUCGGUUUGUAAUAUAUUAUCAGGGUUACUAGGAGGAAUUCCAUGUAAUGCCCAACAAAGAUUAUAUGUAUUGAACAUAAAAGUGAAGGAAGUGAAUAAAUGGUCAUCAAUUUUGAAUUCGUUUUCUAUUUUAAUAUUUUAUGGAGUAUUAGGGAAGUACUUUAUGGAGAUCCCACUAUUUAUAAUUGGUGGCUAAGUAUUGUACUCAGGGUAUUAAUGUCCGACUUGGAGUUUUUAUGACAGAGUACUGGCUACAAGGAGGUAUAGAACAAUCCUGAAGGUUGUGGCUCUUGCCACUUUAUCUGUCUAUUAUGGUCCUAUACCUGCCUCUUUGAUUGGGAGUCUAUAUGCAUUGUUGAAAUUCGCAGAAACGAUGAGUGCAGCUGCCAGCGAAAUAGUUCUUAAACAAGGAGUGCAGAGUGUAAAGUUAAGGCAUUCGAUGACUAGAUAGCAAGAUGGGGAAGAUGAACAAAGAGUGCAAGUAGACGUUGAAAAUGAUCUGUUGGAUGAUGUCAAUACUGAAUAUAUCAUAUAUCGAUUCAAUGGAUCACUGAAUUACAUUAAUGCGAAAAAUCAUGUCGAAUAGAUUAAACGAUUGCCUGAGAUAGAUACUAUUGUGUUUAGUUUUAGAUAUGUUAGCGUUUUGGAUGAACAAGCCUUGGAUCGUUUAGGGGUUAUUAUGGAUAAUUUGCUAAAGAGUGGAAGAGAAUUGUAUUUCACUGGUUUACAUGAACAGAUGAUCGAGCAAAUGAAAUUUAAUUAAUUUUUUAAAGACUUUAUCGAAAUUAAGUCUCAAAAUCUGAAAUUCUUAGGAAAAUGA